AUGAAUAGAUUAUUAUUUUCUAUUGGAUUGUUAACCUUGAUAGUGACUGCAUUCAAUGUCAAUGCAGAAAGUGUUGAAGGGGAAGUAAAGCAGGCCGUUGGAAACGAAGUUACGAGUGAAGAAAUAAAAUGUGAUUUGACGGUACUAAUAAAAAAAAUCGCUCGUUAUUUAGAAAAAGAAGCAGAUGAAGCUAAGGACAACAUCCAAGAGGAAGUUAGAAGAUUUCGUGAUGAUAUCAAGAAACAUUCCAACAAAUUCAAGGAAGGAGCCAAAAAAAUUAGAUCGAAUUUUCAGAACAAAUUUGAAGAAUUCAUGAACAAAGUAGUUCUUUCUUUGGAUGGUCCUGUAGUAACAACACCACACACUCUUCUUGCCAAACCAAGUGAAGAUUUUAUGAGUAACGAUGUAAAUUUGGUGGAGAAAAUUUGUGGACAUGGUCAUAUUGUGGAUAGCCUUGGAAGAUGCAGAGAGCUUUAA